AUGGGUUACGUUCAAGAGGCACGCGAGAAUCACGUCAAGAAGAAAGUUGAAGAAGCUUUACGCAGCAAAAUGAAGAAUAAGGCACUUAAGGAGUGUGAUGAGUUUACGAAGAAAUAUGCUGAAUGUGCUGUAGGGAGAACGCUUUCAGUUGUUUGGCAAUGUCGUCAACAAGCUAAAGAGUUGAAUAAUUGUCUUCAUCAAUUCACCAAUGAUUCAGUCUUGGAGGAAAUGAAGAAAGAAUACAAUCUAAAAGAAAGCGGAGAGAGCGCUGUUAGAAUCUAG